AUGGUUGAGAAAUGUUUAACGGAGUGGGAAAUAGAAAACGUUUUCACAAUUUCUGUUGACAAUGCAAGUGCGAAUGAUGUGGCAAUUGACUUCUUGAAAAAAAGUUUUCAAAACUCCAACAAGUGUCUUCUAAAUGGGAAAUGGAUGCACAUUCGAUGUAUUGCCCACAUUUUAAAUUUAGUGGUGCAAGAUGGCAUAAAAAAAGUUGAUAAGGCGGUGGAGAUAGUUCAAUGGGCGGUUAAAUGGAUUAGGCAAUCGCCUUCUAGAAUUCAUAAGUUUACCGAGUUUGCUAAGGUUGCUAAUCCCGGUAUAACAAAACACUUGAAGAGAGAUGUGCCAACAAGAUGGAACUCUAAUUACCAUAUGUUGGAAAUUGCCCAAGCUUACGAAAAAACUUUUGAGAGAUAUGAUCUUGAGGAAUUUGAUUUUCGAUACGAAAUUGAAAAGGCGGGUUUGUCGAUACCUUCAUCAAGCGAUUGGGAAAGGGUUAGGAAUGGUAGCAUAAAUGACACAAUCGAUUAUGAAAAAGAUUGGGAAGAAAAUCAACAAAUUGACAGAGAAUUGAGCAAGAUGAAGUAGUGAAUGUGCAAGAAGAACGAGUAGGUGCAAGAAACGAGUAUAUUUAUGAAUGUCUUUUGGAACUUGAAUGUUAUUAUUUUCAUAAUAUGUAAUGGAUUUCUAUGUUUUCUAGAUUUAAGACGUGAGUUUUUUUGGUAAAUGCAAAAUAUAUGCAUAUACAUUGAUAUCAAGUAAUGAUUGACUUUGG